CGAGUGCGGAGCCAAAAAUAAAUCGAUAAUAAACUGGUAAUUAGUGGGUGAGAUGAGUCUUAAUCCACAGUGUAUAGAAUAUGUUUGAGUAAUGUUACAGGAACACAAAGGCUGAAGGAUCUCUAUACAAUACUGGUUGGUUUAUCUAAAUGUUAUAUGUGUAUCUCCAUAACUUUUAAUCGACAGCCUCCGACCAGCUCGGCGCACAUGCGUGGGCACACACCAGGAUGUGGUUAUGCAUUUUUAGGGCUGUAAUCUAGCCCCACAGUGUUGUGUUAAGUACACAGGAAAUUCGUGUAAACAGGCAGGCCCACCACGACUAUCUAACGCCCUUUCUCUGUUCCAGUUCACGGAGAGCUCGACAUGACUGGAUCCAGUAAUGGGGGAGCGUGUUCUGGUAAAGGCGUAUACCUCAAGUUGAGCGUCCUGUUUUUACUGAGUACGACUAUCUACGUAUAUCUGUACUCAAACAUCACAAUGCAGACGUUUGCUAUCGGCGAGGUGAUGAAGGGAACUAUUAGUGAUAUCCAGAGAUGGCGGGACAAAAUGGAGGGCUGGGUACAAAUGAUAGGAGGAGGCAGCUCUCAUUCAUAUACAGAAUACGUCAAAAAUACGUCAUUUCCAUACUCUGGACAUAACGUCACACGACCGCAAGUCAGGAAAUCAGGAAAUAAUGAAAAUAUGGUAAAACCGAUGUCAAAAUUAAUAUUUUUACCGCAUAAGAAUAUCCGGAAAUCUACUAACGUUUCUAAAUUUAACGUUGUGGGUGAUAAGCCAGAAGUACUAUUGACGCUUUUCACUUCCUGGCCGACAAAAGCCGAGAAGUAUGUUUGUCACAAUAAUACAAUUCGUAAUUGGCUUCAGUUAAAACCGUUCAUACAGCCGAUACUCUUCACUAACGAAACUUUACUAGCACAGGAAGCAGUUGAGAAAGGUUGGGAUGUACUUCCGGUUCGGAAAGCAGGAAGGGGUGUACCAAUUCUCAAAUAUAUGUAUAAAGACGCCAUGGAAAAGUACAAGUCUCGAUUCUAUGCUUUUUCUAAUGGCGAUAUACUGUACUCUCACUCACUGUUAGACACAUUAAAUGUAGUAUUAAAUUCCACUCAUAUUCCCAAAGGCAAACCACUCAUGGUCGUUGGUAGAAGGACAAAUGUACAGGAUGUGACGUCAGAGGAAGCUAUAUCGGGGGAAAGCGUUUACAAAACGGCGAAUAUUCGCGGGAAAAUAUUUACAGUGUGGGCUGAAGAUUAUUUUAUAACGUCAGCUAAUUACCCUUGGAAAGAUAUACCGGAAGUUGUCAUCGGUCGGAGAGCUUAUGAUAAUUGGUUGGUAUCGAACGCGCGGAAACAAAAACACGUAACCAUAGACGCAACUGAUACUUUAGUGGCGCUCCACCAAACAACAAAGGCGGGAAACCAGGAAGGCUUCAAGGCCGAUAACCCUGAAUACAACCACAACCUUCUCAGGCGCAUGUAUCAUCAACUACACUACAGCGCUGGUCUUACGUCAUGCACAGAGUACUACACACAUCACUCUGGCGACAAACGGAUAAAAGUCCUACCGCGAAAGAUCCCCAGGUCGUGUUUCCCGGUGUGAUAUUAAAGUUUUGGUUAAUAUUUGUAAUACGUAAGAGAGUAUCCUUUUCUCAUCUUGUGUGUGACGGAGUGCCUCUCUUGUAUUUAUAAUGUUUAAGGCAGAUAACCUGUCUUUAGUGGCUAGGUGGUAUAUUUAGUUCGAUACAAUAUUGAUUGUGUUGUUCCUAUAAAGCGGCCAGGUGUUAAUAUAGUACGAUACACUAUUGAUUGUGUUGUUCCUAUAAAGCGGUCAAAUGUUAAUAUAGCACGAUACAAUAUUGAUUGUGUUGUUCCUAUAAAGCGGUCAAGUGUUAAUAUAGUACGAUACAAUAUUGAUUGUGUUGUUCUUAUAAAGCGGUCAGGUGUUAAUAUAGCACGAUACAAUAUUGAUUGUGUUGUUCCUAUAAAGCGGUCAAGUGUUAAUAUAGUACGAUACAAUAUUGAUUGUGUUGUUCCUAUAAAGCGGUCAGGUGUUAAUAUAGCACGAUACAAUAUUGAUUGUGUUGUUCCUAUAAAGCGGUCAAGUGUUAAUAUAGCACGAUACAAUAUUGAUUGUGUUGUUCUUAUAAAGCGGUCAGGUGUUAAUAUAGCACGAUACAAUAUUGAUUGUGUUGUUCCUAUAAAGCGGUCAAGUGUUAAUAUAGUACGAUACAAUAUUGAUUGUGUUGUUCCUAUAAAGCGGCCAGGUGUUAAUAUAGUGCGAUACACUAUUGAUUGUGUUGUUCCUAUAAAGCGGUCAAGUGUUAAUAUAGCACGAUACAAUAUUGAUUGUGUUGUUCCUAUAAAGCGGUCAAGUGUUAAUAUAGUACGAUAGAAUAUUGAUUGUGUUGUUCUUAUAAAGCGGUCAGGUGUUAAUAUAGCACGAUACAAUAUUGAUUGUGUUGUUCCUAUAAAGCGGUCAAGUGUUAAUAUAGUACGAUACAAUAUUGAUUGUGUUGUUCCUAUAAAGCGGUCAGGUGUUAAUAUAGUACUAUACACUAUUGAUUGUGUUGUUCCUCAGUUGACACCAAGUUUUGACAUUUGUCGAUUAUUUUCUGUGUUUAAUCGGUUUUCAUUGAUAAUUUACAUCAAAUCGAUAGCGUCCGCAAUCAAAGUGUCAGGUCAGAUUUCUAUUUUAUGAUCGAAAAUGAGUUUGAUGGCUAACCGUUGAUUGUAUGUACCAUUUUUCUCAUAUGAUGAUAUGUACCUUGGUAUCAAAGAAUUUCUAAACUUCUUUAAAUUAUCACUCAUAAAAGAAAAUAUGUGUGAACGAGAAUGAUACAACAAUAAUCUGUGGCACCAACAGUAAUUUUUCUGUAUACUAAAAUUAUAGUGGCGGCAGCGUGCCGAUGUAGAUCGGGUUGUCGUCCAUGGAAAUGACUAUGAAUACAAGGUUUUGGAUUUAAACAGUAUUGUUCCUACGACAUAUUGACGUUUUAUAAAUACAAACUGUGCGGCUAUGUCAUUUAUCAAUUUUCGCUACGUUCAACGGCUACCGUAACAACAGGUAUUAUAAAGUUUUGUAAUGCCAGUAUAGACUACCUUGUUUUUGUUCGAUUUUCAUGAAAUAUUUACUGUAUUUUGUAUUGUUGUUGCUAUGAGUUAGUAAAACUUGUUUUAAUGGUUGAUAUUCAUGGAAAAUACCUGAAAUACUGAAAAUUUGAUUUUGUCCAUUUUCUGCUUACCACUUGAUGUGGAUCUGGUUAUGUAUUUUUUAUAUAUAUAUUUCAUUGCAUUUGAAAGGAAAGGUGCUUAACAUUAAUUCAUCAAUACUCCAUGUAAUAUCAUUGUCUAUGUACCCCACAACACAAGGAAAAUACAUUGUGACAGGUCUCUGUCAAUGCCUGAUAUAUUACAUGUGUGAUAAUUAAUGUUAUUGUUUGUAUACUCCACAGGUACAAGUCACAAUUUAUUGAUAUAUUAAAUGUGUUUAUUACCUACAUUCAUGAGAAUCUUGCUUCCUUUUACCAUUAUCAUGUCAACUGUACGAAUUAUCUCCCUUUGAUCGUAAUAGACCAAUAUGUUUGCAAGUGAAAAUAUUCUCAUCAAGAGGUUAGAUCUGUUAAUAAGAUAUAAAUUCAUGUCACGAAAGAUUAAGAAUAGUAUGAAACUGAACGGUGAGUGUGAAGGUUUUCAAAGAAUUCGACUUUGUUCAUAACUGUUCUUAAUUUUAAAGUAUUUUUUGUAGAUUAUAUAUUUAAAGUUUUAUUUUUAUCUUUAAACAUUCUCAAAUUAAAUAUAUUUAUCAUUUCAAUACUUGUAUUCAGACCCAUUUUUAGGGGUGUUUAUAUGACUAUCACUACCAGCUGGUAAUGCCCAUUUUGGUAAUGGUACAUCGUUAAGAUUGUCUCUCAUUCAUAAAUGUCUGUGCUGUUUUGAAAGAAGUCGUAUAAGCGAUGCACAAUCGAUGACAUCUUGUAUUUGACGAGGUAAGUAAUAAUUAUGAUUGAUUUUUGUUUAAAGACUUAACACAAAAUCACUUAUAUGAUACUUAAUUUUUCUGUCAUAUGUUGUGUGUUUUUAAAGUAGUUAUUUGUGGUUACCUCGCGUGUUUUUAAGUAAACUGUUUGAAAACACUGAAAGAGAAACGCAAUAAUUACCCAGAGUUAUCGUUCCUUGUGUAAGGAAUGGUUACUCUUUGUAGAUCCAAUCCAUAGAGAGCGUCAGUCAUCAUACACCUCUGUAUACAGCUCACAGACUAACAACAGUUGACCUCGCGGUCAGGGUCAAAGUAUGACGUCUUGGAAAAGUGUGGCGGCAUUCCUGACAAAACCAACGGGGGACAUAGAUGUAGACUGCGCUUUUUGAGAUGUUACUUGCAAAUAUUUUUCAGACAAAUUUCCAUCAGUUAUCACUGCUAUCACAAUAUAUCAACAUUUAUCUCAAGAACAUGUCAGUAGUUGAAAAGUGAAAGUACGGUGUUAACAUGACAGUUGGUGACUGUUUACUCAAAGUAUACCUUCCGUGACGUAAUCCAUAAACUUUAUAAGCAUAUAAACUGAUGCCAUUUUCCAAAUUAACAAACAUGUAUUUUCAAUAUAAUAAUACUAAAAACAAAACGAAAAAUAAAGAAACACUUUAUCAUUUGACACAAAUACUUUUUCGAGAAUCUUGAAAAGGCGCGAGCCGUUUACAGAGAUGCUAUUGGGGUACCGCAAUGCACUCUGGUAGAGAUUGAGAGAGUCUUAGAGUAUAUUGUCCCCAUCAUUUUCUACUCUCCGCUACGCUUCGCUUUAAAGACUAAACGAGCGCAGCCUAGCGGAGAAACGUUGUACUUUGACUGAGAAUCUACUCCCUCACUGUUAUGUGUGUAUAUUAUGUGUCAUUAAUUAUGAUCUAGUAAAUCCGUUCAGUAAAACAGAGGCGUAGUUUUAUUUUUGCUGCUGUCGUUAUUUGAUAGAAUCAAAAUUGACUGAUGGUGUAUAUUGUUAUGUCUCCAGUAAGUCAGAAGGUUUCCGACAUUUUAUCCACACUUUUUGUGUCCAAGUUGCGGUUGAUAAACUCAAAUCAUAAAAAUAGGAAUUUUUGUUGUUUUAAAAUUAUGGGUUUUUUUUUUUGGCUCACCAUCAUUAGAUGUUGGCAUGACCCUGGUCACAAUUAAAAAAUUACAAUAAACAGAGCAAGACUAAACAAAUACCUGAAUUUUCUCUUUUAGUCAGAUAAGUUUAACCACAUCAUGUUUGAUUCUAAACAUAUGUUGACUUUUGUACAAGUUAAGAUCACAAGAUCUGACGGGUUUCAUUUCAAAUGUCAAUAAAAAAAACUUGUAUAGAUUUAUCGAAAAUAAAUAUCGCCUUGAUUUGUA